UGCGCCUCGGCUUUAAUGCGCUGAAGCAAGAUGGCGACUAAAACAGUGAAAGACGGUCCUCCUUUUGAUUGCCCAUCAUGGGCAGGGAAACCGCCCACAGGUCUCCAUUUGGACGUGAUGAAAGGAGACAAGUUGAUAGAGAAACUGAUCAUAGAUGAAAAGAAGUUUUACCUGUUUGGAAGGAACCCUGACUGGUGUGACUUCACCAUUGACCAUCAGUCCUGCUCACGGGUUCAUGCAGCGUUAGUCUACCACAAACAUCUAAAAAGAGUCUUCCUCAUUGACCUAAACAGCACACAUGGUACUUUCCUUGGGCAUAUUCGCCUUGAACCCCACAAGCCUCAGCAGGUUCCUAUAGACUCUACAAUAUCUUUUGGGGCAUCAACAAGGACCUACACUAUAAGAGAGAAGCCCCAGACCCAAGGCACCACUGGCACAGGAGACAGUAAGACGGGGGAUGAAGAAGAGCUCAAAGGACUGCUUGGACUUCCAGAGGAGGAGACAGAGCUAGAGAACCUUACAGAAUUUAAUACAGCCCACAACAAGCGUAUCUCCCUCCUGACAAUCGAAGAAGGCAACUUGGAAAUCCAGAGGCCAAAGAGGAAACGCAAGAACUCCAGAGUUACUUUCAGUGAAGAGGACUCUAUCAUUAAUCCAGAAGAUAUAGACCCCUCGGUUGGACGCUUUAGAAAUAUGGUGCAGACAGCAGUCAUCCCCAUGAAGAAACGAAGAUUUGAUAGUCAGAACACACUGGGUCUGGAUGACUUUGCAUCAAAGCGCAUUCAUGCCUACAGUUUAGGUGGAGGCCUUUACGGGGACUUACCUCCCACCAGCCAUGAGAACAAGCCAACAGGAGCUCCAGGAGGGGCUGCCAUGCAGGGUGGGCUUCCUCUACCUUUCCCCAACCCAGCACCAGAGGUAGAUCUGGCCCCAGAGGCUCCCCAGCCCCCCAUCACCCUCAACCCCACACCGGUCACAGCUCCGUACCUCCCAGAGACCACCCUCAACGAGCCACGGAAAAAGAAAUACGCAAAAGAGGCCUGGCCGGGGAAGAAACCAACCCCUUCCCUUCUCAUUUAACCCGUUUUUUAACACUGCUGACUCUCAGGUUCCCAGCAGAAACACCAGGGACUGUGACCUGCCUGAGGUGGAGCUCUUCACUUCUUUUAUAUGUUGUUAUACAAGAGUGCAAAAAUACACCACAGAGAACUGUUUAGUUUUAUGUUUUUAUUUACAGCUCAAUACUGGCAAUGGUAUGAACUAGAGUGGCUCUUAUAGGCUAUAACAAUUGAGUUAUGUGUUAAAUACCUUUUGAAUUGAUGUGAAGUUGUAUUUUUACAUGUUCCAACAUUUUUCAGUCUUUCAGAAUAUUGUUAAAACUAUUAAAAAAGGUCUGCAAAAAGUUGUUUUAUUAUCUUACUGCGAGAAAUCAGGUCAGCCCUCAGACUUUAAAAGUGAGAAGAACCUUUGUUGAUAAAGAGCUGCAUUGGAUUUUAUAAAACAUGUUAAUAGAAUGGGACCAGGUUCUGCAAUGUUAUUCAACUUUUGUCAGCUGAGGUGUCUUGUAUUUCGCCUAAACGCCACUAGGUGGUGACAUAAGCAAACGGUCCGUUAUCAAUCAGAUGCUGCUGCUUAAAGCCAUGCCUUUUUUACUUUACACGUUUCUGUGAAAUUCGGUUUUGAAUAAUUUAUUUACAUAUUUUCAGAACAAAUGAAUUGUAAAUACAAUCCGUUUUACAAGUUUUUUUUAUUUGCUACUUACGUGGACUUUUACAAAGUACAAUUAUAUCAGAUUGGACACUAGCACAAUAACCAAUGAGUAUCAUAUAAAGGUUACUAAUAGCAGAAUGUUCAGAUUUAGACUGUUGCAAUGCAUAACAUCAUUUGUAUAACGUCAUUCUUAGCUAACUUUAAGCAGCUAAUAUAUAUAUAAAAAUAACCUCCCAACUCAACCUAAGGGUUACAUUUUAGAAAGUGAAUUAAUUUACUAAACACACACACAUGUGUAAGGGGCCCAGAUAGAAAAUGAUUAAUAAAACUGUAGUUGUGCUUUGCAGGAUUUAUCCUUUAAAAUAAGCUAAACUUCAAGGAUCAACAGCUUUCAGAACAGUUUGUAGUAUUUACAUUAUCCUGUAAAAUUUCAACUGGCCUCUGCAACAUGUAAACAAACAGAUAAUUUUCUUGGAUCUUUGGGUGCAGCUGAUAAUUUAUUCCUCCCC